AUGGCUACUGCCCCGGCUGCUGUCGAGGGGGAACCAGUACAGGCGGGUGGGGACUUUGCCUCUAUUUUUGCUGAGAUCGAGGCCUUGGGCUUGACCCCAACCACUGAGGGAGUGGAUGCCCCCCUGUUAGAAGGCCUUGGACAUCAUCCUUACUAUGUCAGGCGGUUGGCACUAGAAGAAGACAGUGAAAUUCUGUUGAGACCAAAUCCCAAGGGCACUUCUGAGGAAUAUAAAGUAGGCUUAUUCGUAAGACCUGUUGAGUUGCCAUACAUAAACAAAGCAGACUACCAGGGCCAUUGUCUGCAGAUGGCGUCUUACACUUUUGUCACAAGAAUGUCACAAGAUGUUCCGGUGAACACCAUUGUUCAGGUGGCUUGUAAGCGUUGGGAUAAAAUUCCACCAAUUGAGGGGUGGAGGCAGCCCAGAGGCAGCCCUCCUAUUACAUGGGUUCAUCAAGUCUAUUCUGAUGUUAGACUCUCGGGCCGUGAAGCCCUUGCAACUGCACCGAUGGAGCCUAUGACUGGAAUAGAGAAGGAAAACCAGUCCAGGAUACAGGAAUUUAUCCUCCUGGGAUUCCCCGGCAGUCAAUAUUUGCAGAUAUCUCUCUUUGUGGUGUUUAGCAUGAUAUACAUCCUGACAGUUGCAGGAAAUGUUGCCAUCAUAGUUCUAGUGAAGGCCCACCAUCAUCUCCACACCCCCAUGUACUUCUUACUUUGCAACCUCUCCUUCCUGGAGAUAUGGUACACCACAGCCUGUGUCCCCAAGACAAUUGCAAUCUUCCUGGGGAAAAGCAGAACCAUCCCCUUUGGUAGCUGCAUCCUGCAGAUGUACUUCAUUUUCUCCCUGGGUUGCACAGAGUAUUUCCUUUUGUCUGCCAUGGCCUAUGACCGCUAUCUGGCCAUUUGCUACCCAUUGCACUAUAGAACCAUCAUGAACAGCACCAAGUCUGCUCAGCUGGCCCUUGGUUCUUGGAUGUCUGGUUUUCUGGCUAUUUCUAUCCCAGCAUCUCUGAUAGCCAGGUUAUUUUUCUGCAGCUCUAACGUCAUCAAUCAUUUCUUCUGUAGCAUAGAUUCCUUGAUCAUUCUCUCCUGCACAAACACCUCGGUGAUUGAGAUGACAGCUUUCCUCAUCUCGAUCAUUGUCAUCCUAGGAUCAUGUUCCAUAACGCUGGUCUCCUACAUUUACAUAAUCUCCACUGUACUGAGGAUCCCCUCGGCUCAAGGCCGGCAAAAGGCCUUUUCUACUUGCUCGGCCCAUCUUAUUGUUGUGACUAUCUGGUACAGCGCCACCAUCUUCCUCUAUGUCCGGCCUUCCAAACAGAGCUCCUUGGAAAUGAACAAGAUUGUCAACACUUUGAACACUAUUGUCACUCCGUUGUUAAACCCUUUCAUUUACACUCUGAGAAAUAAAGAGGUGAAGGAUGCUUUAUGGAAGGUAUUCGGUUGGACAUAA